AUGUCAUUCACGGUCCCACUCCUCCUCCCCCCCUCCCGGUGAUGGAGGAAGAGGAGGCCGCGGAGGGGAAGAUGAAGCAGUUCCACGGCGCUGUGGCGGUCGGGGUCGGCGGGUCCCUCGGGGCGGCGCUGGAUCCGGAACGCAGCCGCUUCCCCUACUGCGUCGUGUGGACGCCGAUCCCCGUUCUCACAUGGCUCUUCCCGAUCAUUGGUCACAUGGGCAUUUGCACUUCGACAGGAGUCAUUCGAGAUUUUGCAGGGCCUUACUAUGUCUCUGAAGACAACAUGGCUUUUGGAAAGCCUGUGAAAUACUGGAAGCUGGAUCCCAACAAAGUCUAUUCCUGUGGUCCCAAUGCUUGGGAUACAGCAGUACAUGAUGCCUCUGAGGAAUAUAAGCACCGAAUGCAUAACCUCUGUUGUGACAAUUGCCAUUCUCAUGUAGCUCUAGCCUUAAAUCUCAUGCGAUAUGACAACAGUACUUCCUGGAACAUGAUCAAACUUUGUUUUUUCUCCUUGCUGUAUGGAAAGUAUGUAAGCAUAGGAGGCUUUGUGAAGACCUGGCUUCCCUUCUUCCUCUUUUUGGGAAUUAUCCUGAUAGUCAUCUUGACUCUUUACAUGCGGUGAUGGAUGACAUUGGUCCAUCCGUCCGUCCGUCCACCCGCCUUCCCCUUGUCCCCUUUGAAGUCAAGCGAUGGAAUCCGUGGCUUUUCAGCCCAGGAAGGCAUUGAGAGCUGCAUGGUGUGGAAAGCCCUCGAAAACAAAAAACAAAAAAAAGAAAGAACUCCCAUUUGUAUUUUGUAAUAACAACUCUGUUCUUCUCCCCUGGGAUUCUCUGUUUGGAUGCAGAUGGUUUCUUUCGACCUGCUUGACUCGGAACGUUUUUGGGAUUGGGAAAGGAGGGAGACUUCUCGCCAAAACUCCUUUGUGACCCUCAUGGAAAUCCCAAACAGGGUUUGGGUCGAUAGGAUGAGGAAAGUAGGGUUUCAUUAACCUUGGGUGAGAUGUCUAAAGGAGGGAGUAACGUUCUCUCGAUUUUCCCCAGAGGUGAUUAAUGGGCACUAAAUGAAAGGUGGAUAUCUAGUGGCCACCGCCCUGGGAUGGGAUCAUAUUUGCUUGCACUGAAUGAUGGGAUUUCCAGGGAUGAUGGUGGCCUCAAAAAUGAAAGAAUGACCCGCUUGGUCUAUGCAGGGCUUUCUGUGAGACGAGAUUAAUUUUUUUAAGUUUCUUCUGGGGCAGCGCGGGAGUUUCGUGAAAGAUGAAUGUUGUUCUCCUCUCACCCACCGCACAGAAAGUCUGUCUCUUUGUCUGUAUGUGUCUUUAAGUCUAGUCUCCUAGGAACCAGCAUUCAAAAGGCAGUUGAUCUCGAUGGAUCUUCGUUACCUUCUUGUCAGCUUAAACUGCCCCCUUGUCACAGACCCGCUAAAAGAAUGUAAGCUGCUCCUCUUUGCGGAGAGCCGUUUCUCGAGAAUUCUGGUAAGACUUCCUCAUUCCCUUAUUAUAGAAUUAUUUCCAAAGCCCUUGCUCUCCCUGGUUUCUUCAUACAUUAUUAUACUGUGCCUUGGAAGUCGCUGGAAACCUAACCCGCAGCCAUUAAAACGCUUCAUCUUUGAUAGCGAGGGUUUGGAUGCUAGAAGCCAUACCAGCGUCACGUCUGCUGUUAGGAAACAUGAAUCAUUCCUUUAGGGCUCAGCUUUUUCCCUGCUGUGGCCAGGUAUCGAAAGAGCAAUAGCUGCUCGGGUGAAUUUUAAUUUAGUUCGGGCUUACGGCCUUCCUUGCCUGUUGUGCGGAGUUAAAAAAAGGGGCACCCUCUUCUCUUUAACCGAAGGUGACCUAAAAAAAAACAAAAAAUCCCGCCAUGCUUUCCUUUCAUUUCCACCCUUCUUGUUCCCUUGCUAGCCUUCGUCCUUUUGUUCCUCCUGCAGUGCCAAAGACGCAUGCUGUGUACAAGAGGGGCACCUGUGGCUUAGCAGGUCUUGGGGGUCUCCGUUGCAUUCAGCCAUUUCAAGCAUGAAUGAUGGCAGCUGUAAGAAAACUGAUCCAUAAGCUCUAGGCUGAUUAGAGAUCAAAGGUCUCACAUCAAAGUGACACCGUGUGGUGUUCCAUCAAGCUAUCCCUGGGUUAUUUCGCUUACGUCCCAGUAGGGAUUCUAGUUCUUAUGGAAAUAAUAGACUGAAUUAAUAACGCGCACAUUACUCAACUUUUUUUCCCUUUUUAUUCUCCCCCCAACCUCCCCUCAUAGCGACUUGCCAAAAAAAUAAUAAUAAAAAGCUCCAGGAAGCCUAAGUUUUUCCCAGACCUGGAACUUAAAACCUUUCUAUCUUUCUAUCAUAGCGCUGAUCUAAGUUCAUCUUUUCAAUCAAAACAGAUUUUCUGACAUAAUAUGACUGCACAAGCAUUACCAAAAUGUGAAGCUUGCUGGAGGAGACACCCCCCCCCAAAAAAAAAACACCAAAAAAACCAGCAAGUGACUGUGGUUGUUUUUUCUCUUGUUUUCUCAACAUCCCUUCCUCUCCCUCCUCUUUCCAAUAUUUUGGUCCUUACUUUUUUAUUCUUUUUUUAAAGCCUAUAUUUGUGAACCGGCUAAUGAAUGAUCAAUAAGGAGGCUCAAAGGAGAAUAUGAAGUGAGUUGGGGAGGGGGGAGACUUAAAGCUAUGGAAGAGCUAAAGCUGCAGAUUCGGAUUGUCUUGCUAUUUUGCUCACUUGACAAAGGAACGAUUUCCUAGUCGUCUUAGCCAGUAGAACUAUGAUUGGAAGCAGUCUUCUCUGUUACAAAUUGCUACCACUUCUAAAAUAAGUUCUUAGAUUUCCUCUAACAAGUGAGCCACACCCUUUAUGGGAAAGCGGCUUAGGGGUGGUUUUACCCAAUAUUAUAUUUGCAAACCUGCUUUAUUGGGGUUCCAGAGAUUGGGGGAAGCCAAAAAUAAGUUUGCAGGAACUUGGAAAAAAAUGUUGCUUAAGCAAGGCAGGGAGGUAGUGGAGUGCACGCAUUGUAGUCAGAUGGCAGUUCCUAGCCUUCCCACAAUCCUAUCUCAAAUAUUUUACCAUCUUGUCUCAUCUUGUUUAACAGCCGCAUGAAAACUAUUCAUCUUUUGAAAUCUUUCAAAAACGUUAAUGACUAGUUCUUACUGUCUUUUAAAAUCUUCCAUGGGAAACACUUCUGGGUCAAAGUGACGAAGUUGAUGAAGCUGCUUGGAAGAGCAGCGAAACGUCUCAAACGAACCAAAAAAAAAAGAGAUAAUAAUUAGUCCAGUUGUCAUAAUUCAAUCUUCGGACACCUUUUCUUGGAUGACCGAGAGUCUUCAUCGAUACACUUCUGGAUAGGAAUUGUGGUGGUUUAAAUCUUAAUUGGAGCCUGUCUGGCCAUGCUUGCAGACAGCCCCCUGACUAGCUCUCAUUGUGGAGUCAAGAAAAAAAAUAUAUUACUACUUGGUUGAGUAGCUGUAGUGAGAAACCUGUAUGUCAGGAUGGGCAAUUAAUUUUCCCAAGGGGCCACGUGAGAACCUGGGUCGGUUAUGGAGUGUGGAACAAACAGGACCAACACAUUAUUGUGACGCACAUACAUAAAUUGGAAAAAAAAAUUCACUUUCAAAAUAAAAGUGAUGCAGUUGUAUUGUAAGCAUGGCCUACACUUAUUUACAUUUGAUUUUCUAAUUUACGAUUAACCUCAAGUGAACCGGGCAGGGACAGCCAAAGGGCUGGAUGUGACCCAAGGGCCGUAAAAUGCCCAGAUCUGCUAUAUUGUAGUGACAUGAUCUGUGAAUUCUAUAUUAAUUCUGCAUUCACAUCUGCCUUGAAGUGUCUUAGUUGUAGGCAUUUGGUCAAGUCCAAAGUACUUUCCAAAGUUUUCAUUUUUUACUUUUUUUUCCCUUUACAUUGUUACUGUUUUUCCAUUUUGCCUUUUGUUUAGCUUUCUCUGUAAAACUCCCAUCAAUUUGUUCGCUCUUUCCUUUGCUGCUGUCUACAUAGAUGGUCUUCUGGUCCAGUUGCUUGAUUCCUUUGUAAAUACCAAAGUCUGCUGCUGUAAUUUCAUUAUCCCAAUGAUGGUGAAAAAUAAAUGCAUUUGUGUACUCCGACAA